CGUCCGGCCCAAUAACAAAUGGUGGGCUGGGUCCGUACCGCUCCCGCGAAGACGGCCUAAAACCCUAGCAAUCCCCUCCGCCGUUCGCCUCGCCACCGUCGCCGCCGGCCGGAGACGCCGGAGACGAAGCAUGAGCGGCGCGGCCGGCACCGCCGACUUCUUCUACCGCGAGGCGCAGCGCCUCAGCUACGUCGCGCGCUCCGCGUUCAAGCUGAUCCAGAUACAGAAGCAGCACAAGCUCAUCGCCCCUGGCGCCGCCGUCCUCGACCUCGGCUGCGCCCCCGGCGCGUGGCUCCAGGUGGCGUGCCAGAACCUGGGUCCGCUCGAGAAGGGCGGCGUGAUCGUCGGCGUCGAUGUCAAGAAGGUGAAGGUCCCCUCUGCGCACUGUGACUCGAGGGUCAGGACCGUUUGUGCCGACGUGAUGGCUCUGAUGAAGCAGCAAGCUCGGGCAAUGUCGCCACAGGAACGAGGAUUCUCUGUAGUAUUGUCGGACAUGUGCCCAGUAGUUUCAGGAAUUACAACCAAAGAUGCAGCUAUAUCUUGCGAGCUGGGAAUGCGUGCUCUUUCAUUGGCAGUUGGGAAGAUGAAAGCAAAAGAUUCAGACUGUAACACAAUUUUAGAGAAAUUUCAGAGCUCCACUGAGCCUGAUCCUGAUGAGGAUGGCAUUCUUCGUCGUGGAGGCAGCCUUGUAAUUAAGUUCCUUGAAAAUGAGGAUAUACCAGGUUUUGGCAAAUUUUGCAAAGAGAAGUUCAAGAAAGUGUCCUGGUUGAGACCCAAGGCAACAAGAUCUAGUUCGAGGGAGAUUUAUUUGAUUUGUGAAGGUCUACGGUAGAAGAGAAAGAGUAGCAUGAAGAGGCAAAAUUUUCCUUGUGCACCCCUUUCUAAAGGGCAUUGACUUGCGUUGAAUUUGAAGGAUAGUAUGGCCACAUGUUGGAUUAAGCUGUUAGCUGUGUAAUCCUUCAAGAAAUGACGUCAUUCGUGCAUGAAUCAAAUAUUCUUUUUGUUCAUGAACCACCAUUCCUGCAGCUACGCAGCGGUCGUAGUUUGGAUGCUCUUCUUGUUACUGGUGAUUUUUAAAAAAGUUCAAUUCUUUUUCA